CUCACUCCACGUACGAACACACUUGUCAGGAACGCUGAGGUUAACGUCACUUGCGCGCAUGUGCUUUCGCAGCUGCGGAAAGCCGCGCGCGCACACACACGCGGGCUCUUUGGUUUUGUUUCAUUACACAAUCGAUCCCGCGUUAGCACGUACGAUCGAAAAUUCGUAUCGCGCGCUCCUCUCUUUUCCGUUUUUUUCUCUCGCCGUUGCGUUGCAGAGAAUGCACGUUAUGGUUUAUUAAAUUGGACUCGUAGUGUACAAAGCAUACGAAUACACAAAGGGAUCUGAAUUAAACGUCUGUGUAAUAUAUAGAACGCGAAAAUAAAACGGUACUUUCCCACCUGAAGUCCUUGACUGGUUAAUUUUUUUUCCAUUCUUUAUUUAGUGAGGUUAUGUAUACAUAUCGAUCGCAUCGGAGCCGGAAACGUCGAUCAAUAAUCGUAGACGGUUUUACAAGAGCGAUUUUUUACCGUUUGUCUCACCUGACAAUUCAUUUAACCAUAGACAUAUAGCAGCACUGCCAUCCAGUCACCGGAAUAAAAAAACAAAAUGAAAUAGUGGUCGGUAUUCAUGGUCAGAUCUUGUAUUUAAGCAUUCUUAAGCUCAUCUUCAGGUGCUUCGCAGCCAAUGAAAUGAGCCGUACAGCAUCUGAAGAUGAAUUUAAGACGGUCUUUUAUAUAAGAUUCGAUUAUUGGCGUUUUCGAUUUGCUGACUCGACCCAGCUGCUGAACUGGUACAACAAGUUAGAAUGAGACAAGUAUAUUUUGUCUCCCUCUAACUUAUCCGCACUAGUUUAACAGUGUGGCUAAAAACAUAAGUUGGAGCUUAUGCCCGUUUCCUAUCGUGGUUCUAAUCUAAUCGACGAUUAACUCAACAGAAUUGACCAAUCGUAUUGGCGAAUUAACUAAAUUGCUCAAUACGAUUGGUCAAUUCCGUUGAUUUAAUAGUCGAUUAGAUUCAAACCAUAAUGGUAGACAGACAUCAGUCCGUUCUUUUUCGCUGAACUGUCUGCACUAGUUCGGGAGAAAUUUACACGCACAUUAAAGCGUGCGAAACAUAAACGUAAAACGAGAUUCUCGUAUUUCAGUGUGCGUAAAUUUCUCGAACAAGUACAGCAAGUUCAGCUAAAAAGAACAGACUACACCUGUCUCUCCUCUUUUCUCUUCCCACAAACGACGCAAUUAAAGCCAGCGGCACACGAUGCUAGUUUUCGUACUGGAUUGCUUGCUGGAUGGAAAUACUGCCUUCUAAUUGGUGUAUCGUUGUCCAUUUUCGGAAAUGCACCAAUCAGAACGCAGUAUUUCUAUCCAGUGAGCAAUCCAGCACGAAAACAAGCAUCGUGUGCCACUGGCUUUAGGCGAAGAAAGCAUCAUUGUUUUCGUUGCCUUCUUUUACCAACGUCGGCUUCGGUCCUCUGAUGAGAGUGCUCACUCUAUACGUCUAUAGUCUCACGUGACAGACACAAGGUGUGAGCAAACAUAACCUAAGCGGAGAACAAACUUCGUCGAAAACUCGGGGGGUUACUAGCGACGCAACUAGCGCUGUCCCUCUCAGAACGCCAGCACCAUUAUCGUCGGCAACUAGAAACGCAGUUUGUGCGCGCGGAAAUUCGAUUGUAACUUCGCGAGCGUUGUUCGAUUUCGCGGAACGAUGGCCGCCGGACUUCGUCUGACCAUCGAGUUCGGGGGUGGGGCGGAAUCGUUGUUCGACAACAAGAAGAGGCACGAGGUGAACUUACCUGGCGACGAGUGGACCUUGGGACAACUGGUGUUCUGGCUGCGAGAUAACCUCCUCACCAGACAGCCGGAACUCUUCAUGAAGGACAACACGGUGCGGCCGGGUAUUCUGGUUCUGGUAAACGAAACCGACUGGGAAUUGCUGGGGGAAGGCGAUUAUAAACUGUGCCCGCAGGACACUGUGCUUUUCAUCUCGACGUUGCACGGAGGAUAGACGUAUCUUCGACAUUGAAGAUCGACGGAUUGAAGAUCCACAGAGAGGUGCAGCGAGGUCUGCCGAAAGAUCGGCGCAGUCGGGAACCCAGGCGCACCUGUGCGUCGCGGAAGGUAGACGGUAGAAGAAAAGAUAGGG